AAAUUGGCAUUUCAUUUUCCACCCAAUCCAAUCCAAUCCCUCACUAUAGCAAUCCCCACUACAACUCCUUUCAAAUCUGCUCAUUCAAUUCACAUUUCCAAUUUCCACCAUUGAUUUGCUAAACUAUUCUUCAGAUAGACAGAAAACGUCAAACGAUGGUUUUCUCUUCAGUUAUAUCACCAUCACCUGUCCUACUCCUCCCUAGAAGGCUUCCUAAUCGUCGCCUAUCGAAACCCAGAUUGUCAAUUCACUCUUCUUCUUCUUCUUUGUCGAUUUCAGGCAAUUCGAAGUCGACCCAGUUCGAUUUGAAGACUUAUUGGACGACCCUUAUGUCCGAGAUCAACCAGAAGCUAGACCAGGCUAUUUCGAUUCAGUACCCAGAGCAGAUCUAUGAGGCCAUGAGAUAUUCCGUGCUCGCAAAGGGAACCAAGCGGGCCCCGCCUGUCAUGUGUGUGGCUGCCUGUGAGCUAUUCGGUGGUAAUCGUCUCGCGGCCUUUCCUACUGCUUGUGCUCUUGAAAUGGUCCAUGCAGCUUCUUUGAUUCAUGAUGAUCUUCCCUGCAUGGAUGAUGCCUCAUCACGCCGAGGCCAGCCUUCAAACCAUGUAGUCUAUGGUGUUGACAUGGCAAUCCUUGCUGGGGAUGCACUUUUCCCUCUUGGCUUCCGCCACAUUGUCUACAACACACCCUCAGAUCUUGUUCCAGAGUCUCGCCUUCUCCGAGUGAUUGUUGAGAUUGCUCGUGCUGUGGGUUCCACAGGAAUGGCUGCUGGUCAGUUCCUUGACCUUGAAGGUAGUCCAAAUUCUAUAGAGUUUGCUCAAGAGAAAAAAUAUGGUGAAAUGGGUGAGUGCUCUGCAGUGUGUGGAGGAUUGCUGGCUGGGGCUGAAGAUCAUGAGAUACAAAGGUUGAGGAGGUAUGGAAGAGACGUUGGGGUAUUAUAUCGAGUGAUUAAUGAUAUAUUGGAAGCGAGAACGACGAGUAAAGAAGAUGAGAAUAAGAAAAAGAAAGGGAAGAGUUAUGUCAGUCUAUAUGGGAUUGAGAAGGCAAUGGAGGUUGCAGAAGAGCUGAGAACCAAGGCUAGGAAGGAACUAGAUGGGUUUGAGAAGUACGGCGAGAGAGUAGAGCCGCUAUAUGGCUUUGUCGAUUAUGCUGCUGAAAGAGGUUUCAGUCUGGAGAGUUGAAUUGAUGAUGGUGUUUUAGUUACUCCUCUUCUGGAGAUCCUUGUCCUUAGGAGUGUCUUAUAGAUUAGAUGGACGGAAAAGGAUGUCAUAAUCAUAACAUCAUUGGCAUUCGUAUUUUAAUGGGUCUUGAAGCUGUUGUAGGUGAAGUUCUUAAUUCUUGUAGCUGUAGAUCAAUUCAACUGGUGGGGUUUCCGUGGACGAAAAACCCUGUUGGCGGGGUAGAUGGUGAGGUAACAACAUCAGCCAUGUUUGAUUUUUCCUGUCUGAAUGUUCAGCUAGGUCUUCUCAGAGGCUAUCUGCACGUAAAUUGAAGUACUUGUAUUGAUGUUCUGGCCUGGAGAUCCUUGUCAGUAAUUGGGAGGAGUAAACAGAGUUAGACAGGACAAGCUGCAUGCUGGAUAGUUUUUAGGAUGAAUCUUUUUCAUUUUCCAGACUCAAUUUUAAGUCAUUUUUCUGUCAAGUCAGUGGAAUAUCAAAUGAAACUGAAAUAUUUUAAAUAUUUAAGUUAAAUUACUCUUUAUGUUCUGGAAAUUAAUCAAAAUUAAUGUAUAUAUGCUUUGGUCUUUUUUAAAA